AUGACAAUGUCGUUCAGCAAUGGAAACCUCGAAAAGGUGAAUCUGAACAAUGAAGAGCUGCAAAAAUUGUUGAAUAAGAUGUCCAGCGACGAGCGUAAAGAACUUACGGACACGUUGAGAGCAUGCACAACAGAGGUAACAUUGACUCGUGGAUUACCGAUUACAGCAAUCGUGCUUGGCUCUCUGUAUUAUGCUCGAACUCGUCUUCCACCUCAAUAUCAUUUUGGUCCAAAAGGAUGGCCUUUCUAUGCGAUAAUGGGCAUUGGCACUCUGACCACGGUCAACGUUUUUGGUAUGGGACAAUGCCGCGAUCGUAUACAGCCUUUUGUUGCCAGGAUGUGGCAGAAGUAUAAUGUUGGCCAUUCUUCAACAAGUUACGAUGAUAUUCGUCGUCGGCAUAGAAUGGAGUCUGGAUUUCCACGGAAAUUUGAAGACCCUUAUGCUGCAACAGAGCGCUCUUAUGUAGGUUUCUUUUCUUAG